AUGGCGUCCGGAGCGCGUGCAGAGAAGGUGGUGCACCAGGACUACAWCGCGCGCAUUCGAUACUCCAAUGCCCUACCACCACCGCCGCAUCCACCCAAACUCCUCGAGAUUCCGGGAACAGGACUCGCCGGCGGGCAAUACACAAGCGCGGGAUAUGCAUCGCGUCUGGCAAGAGACCAACCGCUCAACAUUGAAGCGGAUGCGGAGCUGGGCAUGCCCAUUGACUUGGUGGGUAUUCCGGGAGUAUUCGACGGCGAUGAGCGCGCCAUCUCGGCGCGAGUGGGCCCACAGACCAUACAUCCGGCAGACAAGGCCCUCCUAAGACCACUCGCAUCUUUAGGCAAGGCCAGUGCAACCAGCGGCGCUGUCUCUUUCCUUCGAAGGACUGAAUAUACCGCUUCUCAAAAUACACAGCACUUUUCAGCGGCCACCCCCAAUAAUCUUGCGAAGCCACGCAACAACACGAAACCCACACAACCGAGCGUGAACAAGGAAGACCCAAUCAAUAUCAUGCGGAAUAUUGUCAAGGGCUUCGACUUGGCAUAUCCGCACGAUAUGUACGAAGGUCAGGACAGUACCACCAACUUGAGAGGAGCUCAGGUCACCGAGGAAGAGAAAAAAGCGUGGAAAAACCCGAAACACCCAACCAAUUCAGACCUCAAAUUGCUCGACUCGUAUCCCGUACUUCCUGACCUGGAAGCAAUACCAUCAGCCGGUUUCUACAUGGUGAUGAAGUUCAUUUCGAAUCCACUUGCGACGACGGGGAGCUAUGACGAACGGCUCGACACUGCGAUAAUCAAGCCUGUAAUCGACGAGCAGGCGGAAGCAAAGUAUGACGAGAAGCUGCGCGAGUGGGAGGAGGCAAAGUCAACGAAGCCUGCGCCGAUCCGAGAAUAUGACUAUGAUUACUACAUCCCAGACGACCAGGAGGCGGUGAACAAUCUCAAGCGGAAGCUGAAUGUCAAUGACCCGGAGAAGGAUGAUGAUGCUCUCUACCCACAGGAGGCGAUGGACGGAGGGCUGGGAUUCAGGUUCAAGCGCCUACGGACGUACGAGACCUACAACCAGCACGGUGACCUGCACAAUCUCUACAACGAUUCUGUGGCGCUUUCUCUGCACGAUCCUGAGACGACAGGUGAUGCAGGGAAGCGGCUGGCGAAGGGUGCAUACUUCUAUCCACUGGUGCAAAGGACUGCGCUUCGGCCUCAACGGCCUAUAGGAGCGAGACAGUUUGAGACGAAGGAUCUGGUGGACGAGCUACAUGUUACGAUCACUGAUCCCAACGAAGAGAUCCUGAAAAAUCAAGUGGAGAAGAGAGCUGCGUUGGAUCCUUCAGCAGAGGUCGCGACUUGA